AUGCGUCUCGUGCCGUUGCAUCUUUCGUGGGCCCACAUCCCCGCCGAGCCCCCGUUCGAGCGCAGCACCCAAUGGCUGUCGAGACGGGUGAGGCGUGGCUGGGGCAGAAAGUUGCAAGCUGCAACCCAGCUGUCAAGGCGACUGGCGUUGCCCGAGAACCAAGUACUCUCGCUGUUGACAAUGAGAAUGAUGCGCGAUCAUGAGGACAGCAGUUGUCGGGGUUUUAUCUUUGAUCGAUGGAGGCUCAACGACUUGCAGAUGGCCGCGAUUCCUAUGAGCGACGACGAUGGAGAUCGAGACCCUGAAGCCUUAUGUGGCUUUAAUGGCUUUAUCUCCUGGUCGUGGAGCUCUUUGGGUUUUGGCAUAGUCAUGAGGCUUGUCGGAGACGAACUCUACGUUCUGGCAGAGCAAGCAUUCUUAUACAGAUGUAGUGAGCCCUUGUCUUCAUCAGAAGUCAAGCUUGUCGCUUUACCAAACCGUCGCCGCCUCAUGAAGUCCCGUCCCGCUAGCCGCAGCUCUCUAGGAGAGUUCGGCCGCGAUACGUUCAUGCCCUACGAAAAGCAUCGCAGCAGACGUGUUUCUUUGCCUUUAUCUAGCAAUCCGCCAUUUCCAGCAAUCCCAGUGCGGGUUUCCUCCCUUCGGUCGCCCACGGACGCUGGGAAGGGUGACACAGCAUCAUCACCAACGACACCGCCCUCUGAGCCUGUGCUGAAGAAGACGAAUUCAUCUCAAAGCAUACCUGCUGCUACACAGACUUCUGCAGUCACAGCUGAGGCAGAACGACCCCAUGCUUCGUCAUCCACAGAAGCGCUUCAGAAGCUGGCAACCCGUGACAACAAGUUUCCCAGUGAGCCACUGGAGAAUUCAGAUGGUCUGCCAACACCUCCCGACACUCCUGGUCCAUCGACAGCUGCAACGGCCGCAGCAGAGGAUGCCCAUGAUACAACAGAGGUAUCGGGCAACAGUGGCGAAGACAACGGGACAACAGAGCUCGCUGCCGAAUCAACCCUACCUACGUCAAUAGACGAGCCCACAGAGUCUUCAGUUCCCGAAGCCGACAGGAUAGUUCAGUAUCACGAAGAGGCUGACCUUCACAUCAAGGUUCAAGAGACAGAUGGCACAACCGCAAUCUACUCUGUCCGCACCAGUACCCUGGAAGGCAUAUCACGAAUCUGGAAACAAGAUCUCGCUUCACAUACAUCAGAAACAUACGAGUCCUCUGAUCCCGCGUACGGAUUAGACGUCAUCUUCUCCAUUGCACACUAUAAGUUCCACGAUAUUCCCCAGACGCCCAGCAUCCGCAAUUUAUAUGAUAUUGCUCUGGUGGCAGAAAAGUUCCAGACAAUACAUCUAUUGGUGCCUUUCAUCAAGGGAUGGAUUGCUGAAGUCCCAAGGGAAGUCACAGUUGCUGGCGCUGCAGUUGACGAAGACAAGACACUUGUCACAGGCUGGCUGCUGGGCCAGGCUCAAUGGUUCUCAAAAAUCCUGUCCAAUUGUGCUUACAACGCACAUAUCGGAGCCGAUGGUCAGCUCCUGAACGCCGAGGGCAAGCCCUGGGGUGAUCAGCCUGUGUCAAGUGAUGUCGUCGAGAUCCUUGCCGCCACACGCCUAGCUGCAAUUGAGAACAUCAUCAAGGCCGUGAGCACGCCCGUCCAGAAACUUCUGAAUCCACAGUACUACCCUGAUGAGGACAUCCGGUACUGUCACGCCCCUGAGGACGAUGCUGCUCGCGAAGACUGCGAGCAGCUUCAGCUUGGCUCGGCCAUCAUGGGACUCAGUAAGGCUAAGCUCUGGCCCCCUCCGGAGCCAACACGGAUCAAUGUCAGCCCUGUGCAACUGGCGAACGCUUAUGGUGAUGUACGCAUCAGGCGUCACCAGGAGCCUGGUCUGCGAUUCAAAGAGGGCGAGUCCGUCGAUGACAACCAUGCCAAGUGCGGGUUUGGACAUCGUGAGGAGAUCGAGAGCAUCUUGGCCACGCCUGCUCAGCUGACGACGAAAGUGGUCAAGGAUCUGCAUGCAAGAGCAAAACGAUCAGGAGCCUUCAGCGAAGAGCUCUUCCAGGACCUGAUUGGCUUCAUUAAUGAAGAAUCUGUGGUCUCAGUCGAUGGAGAACUUAAGAAGGGUGCUGCAGAGUACAAGCAGACUACCGUCAACGCUUCGCUGGCGAGUCAAGAUAUUGAGCAGACGCAGAUUAAAGAAAAGAAGUCAAAUGAAGAGAUCACGGCCUCUGGACAGAAGGUCGAUGAGUAG